UCCCCCCCCCCCUUUUUAAUGGUAUUCCUUAAGCGCUUACUACGUCUCCAGCACCGUACUAAGCGCCGGGCUGGUAAUGUCUCACCUCCUCAACCCCCUUUUAAUGGUGUUCUUUAAGCGCGUACUACGCCUCCAGCACCGUACUAAGCGCCGGGCUGGUAAUGUCUCACCUCCCCAAUCCCCCCCCCCUUAAUGGUAUUUUUUAAGCGCUUACUACGCCUCCAGCACCGUACUAAGCACCGGGCUGAUAAUGUCUCACCUCCCCAAUCCCCCCCCUUUAAUAGUAUUCUUUAAGCGCUUACUACGCCUCCAGCACCGUACUAAGCGCCGGGCUGAUAACGUCUCACCUCCUCAAUCUCCCCCCCUUUUAAUGUUCUUUAAGUGCUUACUACGCCUCCAGCACCGUACUAAGCGCCGGGCUGGUAAUGUCUCACCUCCUCAAUCCCCCCCACCUUUUAAUGGUAUUCUUUAAGCGCUCAGUACGCCUCCAGCACCGUACUAAACGCCUAGCUGAUAAUGUCUCACCUCCUCAAUCUCUCCCCCCACCCUUUUGAUGGUACAAGCACCGUACUGAGCGCCGGGCUGAUAAUGAUGACAAUGAGGGUAUUUGUUAAGCGCUUACUAUGUGCCCAGUACUGUUGUAAGCCCUGGGAUAGGUACGGAGUGAUCAGGUGGUGCCCCGGAUUUAUUCCCCCUUUUACGGAUGAGGGGACUGAGGCGCCUCCAAAUGAGUCGGGUUGUACAGAGCCCAUGUCCCAGUUGGCCGACAGUCUCCAUCCCCAUUUUUCGGAUGAGGUUAAAAGCAUCUCAGGUGAAGCCAAGGACGGCACUUCCGAAACCUCAUCUCCAGGCUCAGACGAAAAGGACCUUGAAAUGCAGAAAUCAAAGCACGAAGGCCACGAGGUCGGGGCGCCUGCAAUGCCUAUUAUAACGGAGUCAUUUUCCUUGUCCAGCGAAGAUUACGAAACCAAAAAAAUCAUUGUGACCGAUUCUGAUUCUGACGACGAUGAUGUCAUUUUCUGCUCAGAAAUCCUGCCUCCCAAAGAGACUCUGCCAAGUAACGAUGCGUCACCACAAGCCCAGCCGAGCCCAACCUCGACGGCCGCCCAUGACGUGGCACCUUGUGGCAGCUCCUCUCUGACGAACGUUCCGCCCACCCAGAAACUCACUGCCUCUGGGAAUCAGUCCACUCCAAGCCAAACGCAAGAUGAUGGGGAAUCCCUUGGAGCUCCGGCUCCCAAGCAUCUGACUCCCAACGUUAUUUUGCUGAAUCAGUCACGGUCGAACUCAUCCCCGAGCGAUCGUUCCUCCCGCCCCAACAGCCUGUCUCCUUCCGUUCAUCUGCGUGUGCGGGGCCAGCAGGCACCAGACACCGUCAUCGCUCUGACGGGAAAUGAGGCUAAUGAGGAGGAAGAGGAGGAGGAUGCCAUGGAGGACGAAGACGACGACGACAUCAUUAGCUCCAGUCCAGAUUCAGCAGUCAGCAACACCUCCUUGGUGCCCCAGUCUGAGGUCCGUAAAGAGCCCGCUUUCGACGGGUCUGGCGUUCAAAAAAAACAGAUUUCCCCCUUGGAGCAAGAGCUCCCUUCUCACCCUGGAGAAUUUAAAUUAAAAAUCUCCGACAUCCUCACCGGGAACCACAAGGAUCCCGGUGCGGUGUCAAAACACAUGACGGAAGGACAGAAGAUCAUUACGUUAGACACGGCUACUGAAAUUGAAGGCUUAUCUACGGGUUGCAAGGUUUAUGCGAACAUCGGUGAGGACACCUACGACAUAGUGAUUCCUGUCAAAGAUGACCCUGACGAAGGGGAGGCCAAGCUUGAUAGCGAGGUACCGAGAACAUCCGGCGACGAUCCUUCAAACCGGAAACGAAUGAAAGUGAAACACGACGAUCACUAUGAGCUGAUUGUGGAUGGAAGGGUUUACUACAUAUGUAUUGUGUGCAAGAGAUCUUAUGUCUGUUUGACGAGUUUACGGAGACACUUUAACGUGCAUUCCUGGGAGAAGAAGUAUCCCUGUCGUUACUGUGAGAAAGUGUUUCCUCUAGCAGAAUAUCGCACGAAGCAUGAGAUCCAUCACACGGGUGAGCGACGCUAUCAGUGUUUGACCUGUGGCAAAGCAUUCAUCAACUAUCAGGUUAUGGCUUCCCACAUACGGUCAGUUCAUAGUCAGGACCCUUCGGGAGACACCAAGCUCUAUCGCUUACAUCCCUGUAGGUCUCUGCAGAUCAGACAAUACGCGUACAUUACUGAUCGGUCAAGUAGUAUACCGGUCAUAAACGAGGAUGGAAUUGUCUAUCAUGUUGAUGCCGGGAAAGAACCUUCGGAAGGAACUACAUCCAACCCUUCCACCAAACAGAUGACCUGGGAUGAUAUUUUUAUUCCGCAGGGAAACGACUCCAUUUUUAAACAAAACGUAACAGAUGGCAGUACUGAGUUUGAAUUUGUAAUACCAGAAUCUUACUGAACUGCUUGGAACCUUUCAAAAACCUUCAGUUCUUGGAAAGGGGGCAACUGCUUCAAGACCAGAGGGAAACUUACUGGAAGACACAUUGUCUCAACGAAAACAAGUUAACUUGCUCUGCCGAGUCAGAGGGAGCUGAGACUACUUAGAUCGUUUGUAGUUGCUGGGGAUUUUUAGAAGCAGAUUUUUAUGAAUGUUUACUUGAACACGGAGUAAGGUAUUUCCAAGGAGCUGUACUGUAUAAUUUGUUUCCCGUUCAUUUUUAACAUUUUAAGUUCAUAGUUGGUAAAGUUGUUUCUGGAAAAUACUA